AUGUGUGGAGGGGAAAAACCAUCUCUACUACAUGUGAUUUUGAUUCUGUCAUUAUUUAUGACUGGAUAUGGUCAAGAUGGAGAAUUCAGAGGACCUUUGAAACCUAUGACAUUUACUAUAUCUGAAGGUGAAGAAAAAGUUAAUCAAGUUAUAUUUCAGUUUCAGACUAACACUCCCAAUGGGAAGUUUCAAUUAAGUGGUGAGACAGAUAACAUUUUUCAUAUCACUUCAGAUGGAAUACUGUAUUAUACUGGAAUACUGGAUAGAGAAAAUAGAGCUAUCCACAGACUUCAGGUAGAAGUCUUGGAUGCCAGAGGAAAUCUAGUAGAGGGCCCAGUUCCUAUCACUAUUGAAGUUAAAGACAUCAAUGACAACCGUCCAGUCUUUCUGCAGAUGCUGUACAAUGGGACUGUGAGACAGAAUUCUCGUCCAGGAAAGCCCUUCAUGUAUGUCAACGCUACAGACCGGGAUGAUCCCACUACUCUCCAUGCUAAGCUUUUUUAUCGAAUUGCCAUACAGCUUCCCAAGAUAAAGGAUGUGAUGUAUUUUCAGAUAGACAACCAAACAGGUGGAAUCUCCCUCACCUUAGAAGGGUCAAAGGAAUUAGAUCCAUUUAAGAAUGCCCAUUAUGACCUAGUGGUUUCUGUGAUGGACAUGGGAGGUCAGUCAGAUAAUUCUUUCAUUGACAGUACAACUGUGAAAAUUACUGUGGAAGAGAACAUUUGGAAGGCACCAGGGCUUGUUACCAUUAAGGAAAAUUCUACUGAGCCUCAUCCUUUAAAAAUCACUCAGCCUCUUGAUUUUGAAACAGAGCCAUUGUACAAUCUUGUAAUCAAGGCUGAAAAUCCUGAGCCACUUGUUCCUGAAGUACAGUACAACGAAAGUUCCUAUGCAUACUUUAUUCUUAUGGUGUCAGAUGUAAAUGAACCUCCUGUAUUCUCUCAUGCAUUGUACCAAGCACAAGUACUUGAGAAUGCUGAUAUAAACACCAAAUUGAUUAUGGUGAAUGCCACUGAUCCCGAGGGAGCACCAGUAAGCUAUUCUUUGAGUGGGGACACCCGAGGCUGGCUGAGAAUUGAUGAAGUCACUGGUGAGAUCUUUACCAUGAAGCACUUGGACAGGGAAGCUGCAAAUGUUUAUCAAGUGAAAGUAAUAGCCACUGAGAAAGGUCGAUCUCUUUUGACAUCCUCAGUAUAUUUCCACUUAACCCUCCUGGAUGUGAAUGACAACCCUCCUCGCUUAGUGAAAGACUACACUGGCUUCUUCUUCUGCUAUCCACUUACUGCAAAAGGAAGUGUCAUUUUUGAAGCCACUGAUGAUGACCGGCCACCAUAUAGGGGUUUUGACUUUACUUUCUCCCUUGGCAGUGAAAAUUUGAAGUUUGAUUGGGAACUUUCCAAAAUCAACGGCACCCAUGCUCAACUUUCCACAAGACACACAAAUUUCGAAGAGAAGGUAUACCAAGUUUCUGUCAAAAUUAAUGAUGGAGGAAAUCCACCUUUAGAAAACAUUGUCUCUUUUCCAGUCACUAUGUGCACGUGUACUGGUGGAAGGUGCUACCAGCCAGCAGAUACCAUGCCUGGGAUGCCCACAGUAGGCAUAGCAAUUGGUAUUCUCCUAACAACUUUUGUGAUCAUUGGUGUGAUUUUAACAGUUACAUUUAUGCAUUUGAAGAAAAAGGAUAAUGAAAAUAAAACUAUGUCACCUGAAAGUGAUCCUCUACGGACAUGA